UGACAUUGACGUUUUACUAUAAUAUUGUAUUCGUUUUCGUUCCAGCAUUUUCUUCAAAACUUGAACUAAAUAUAUAAUUAAUAAUGUCCACCCCAGUGAAAAAACCAGACUCUCAAUCAAAAAUGUUUAACGAAAAAAUUGUUAGUACUCGUUCUGACCGAGUGAUACGUAAAAAGGUUAUAAAACUCGGAGACUACACCUUGGUUCCUUACGAAGACUCUCGUUGCAAGAUUACUUUAAGUGAUGUCCAGUGUUCUAACGCUGCAGGACCUUGUGAGAUUGACCCAGUCAGUCGUAUAUUUAGUCAAUCGUUUGAUGGGAAUGUUUUGAUUGGCGACUCUGACUCCUACAUAGACAAGGAUUUUGAGUUGAUCUUACAGCAAAUGUGCUGUGGAGAGGUCUGUGAGGCCAGUAUAGCUUACAAGAAUGGAGAUGGGACGGUGAUGAAGGAGAUAACGUGCAAGAUAGAGCUGAAGGAAGUCACUGAGGAGCAGUUGAUCAGUGAUUGGAGCUGGGAGAGGUUGUAUGAAGCUGCUGUACAUCACAAGGAGAGGGGAGUAGAUCUGAUCAAGCAAGGCCGGACUGCGGAUGCCUUCCGGAGAUUCAACAAAGCUCUGAAGAUGUUGAUUGCUAUUGAGCCAGUGGACCCCAAGGUGGUCAGUGAGCAGGUUGUCAAAGACAUGAUAGAACUAAAGGUGAAACUGUACAACAACUUAGCACACUGCCAGCUUCAGUAUGACGAGUACGAAGCUGCCAUAGAACUAUGUGAGAAAGCCCUCAAGUUCGACCCGGUCAAUGUGAAGGCACUGUACAGGAAGUGCACGGCUCACUCUGGCCUCCACAUGUACGAGGAAGCUUGGAAGGACAUACAGGAAGCCCUACGGAUAGAGCCCAAUGAUAAAGCUGCUCAGUUGAAAGCAAACUCCUUGAUACCCAAAAUUGAGAAGAUAAAUAAAGAUUACACAGCAGUUAUCAAGAAGAUGUUUGGCUAGACGGUACCAUAGUUGUUACUUGUUGUUAGUGGCCCUUGUGUGACUGCGGAGGACAUCUUGAGGACCGGACUGUACCAGGUGGCCUGUUGUUGUAGACGAUGAUAGCUCCACUCUGCGUGCGUUUGCCGUACUAACGUUAGUCCACCAACUAGCUCCAAUAAGUCUAAUUUUUCCAAUAGAUUCGACGUUAUUUUACAGCUGAGUUAGGUAGUUUUUGGGGAACAGGGUUGUUUCCUGAUUCUGGAACAAUAAAAUUCCAGAAUAGGUGAUCAUGCCUGGCGUACAACUACAACGUCUCUAUUGUUUGAGUUCGGUGGCAAACUUUGCUUGCGCGAUGUAUUUUCUUCGGCAAUGCGAGAACAUAAUCUGUUACUGUGUGCUGGGAUUACGUGCUAAGUAAUCAAAAUUUUCUUAUUAUUUUAAAUAAGCUUCUUUGGUUUUUGAAUAACUCGCUGGCACCUCUAAUUAGACAAUAAUUUAUUUACUUAAAUUACUUACAUAGUCAGAUCUCUAAUAAAUUAUCAUUUUUUGCGCUUGCAACUAUAGCACUAAUAUUUUCUCAUUUCUCAAAAGUUUAUACCUAUCUUACCACUUAUAGAUUUAUUGAAAAAAUAGCUCAACUCACGUGAAUAAACUGUAAAGCUCUACUAGUCUCAAGUCACAAAGCGGCUCUUAUACAUGAUUAUUCACGUGAAUAAGUCGUUACUGUGAAUAAAAGCAUCAUGUCUCAGAAUACUUAGUUUAAUAAAAAUUAAUCCUACCGAAGUAACUGAGUGAAAGCCAAAAACCGUCAGAGCGUCACUGGGGAGGGAAAAAAAGUACUACCCGUGCGGCCGUGCCGAUAAAGAAUGGGAUGAGAAAUGGCGGCUCAUUGAGAUGGGAGCGUCAGCAUAAAAAUGCAAUAACAAUAAAUUUAACUAAUAACUGAAUAACGUUAAAAAAUAUCGUUACCGUUGAA